UUUUAUCAACAGUCCUAGUAGAAAUUUAUUUAUUCACUUGAAGAAUUCACAAAAUAUUUAUUAGACACAUAUUUAAAUUUCUCAGCAAAAACAAAUUAACCACUAUAAAAGAAGAAAAUAUAAAAAUACUGAAGUCUGAUAAAAUAUCUUAAAAAUAUAACCUUAAUUUUAAACUUGUAUGUUUGUUUUUCAAAGUUAAAUUAUCGAACAAUGUCUUUUCGAUUUAAUUUUUCUGGCGAUCAGGCGGUCGACAAUAAAGUUUCCGCUGAACAAGUAAUUCAUUGGCUCCCAAGUUUACAAGUUAUACCGGAUAAACAGAUAGAAGAGUUGGACAAUAUUGUAGGACAGGCUAAAAUGUUUACGUGCGGUGAAGUCGAAAUAGGUCAUGUUGUGGUGAGUGAUGCAAUUUCCAAUAUAAAUAAACAAUCUUCAGAAAUUGCUUCAAACUUUGUAAGAGAGCCAAAUAGUGAUCUUGUAACUGGGAUAUAUGAAGGUGGUUUAAAAAUAUGGGAGUGUACCAGUGAUCUUAUUCAGUAUUUAAAUGAAAAUAUACAUUCAAUUAACUUAAAUGACAAGAAUGUAUUAGACCUUGGUUGUGGUGCUGGUAUAUUGGGAAUAUAUACAUUCACAAAAGGUGCAAAUGUUACUUUUCAGGAUUAUAAUAAAGAAGUGUUAGAAUAUGUUACUAUACCCAAUGUAUUACUUAAUAUUGAAGAUGAAGAGAGAAAAGAACACAUAAAGAAAUGCACUUUUUAUUCUGGUGAUUGGGCAUCAUUCAACAACAAUCUGAUGGAAAACGUGGUUUAUGAUUUGAUACUUACUUCAGAAACUAUUUAUAAUGAAACAAAUUAUGACAAAUUAAUAGCAUUAUUUAGACAGAGAUUAUCUAUUGAAGGUUCAAUUUAUGUAGCUGCAAAAACAUGCUACUUUGGAGUAGGAGGGGGGAUUAGACAGUUUGAAAGAGCAAUUAAUAAAAGUAAUAUAUUUCAAUGUGUAACAGCAUGGAAGAAUACAGAUGGCAUUCAAAGAGAAAUAUUAAAAAUAACCAGAAAAUGACAGUUUUUAUUUUAUAAAAUAAAUUAAUACUAUGGAAGACUGUAUGAUUUCAAAUUUACAGUACAUAUUCUAUAAAAAUAAGUGCAAAUUUUAAGGUGAAAGUCUUUCAUAAACCCAUCCGUCUUCACCUUCAUGCAAUAACUUGCCAUCAAUGGUGUCUCCCUCUGCAGAUUGUCGAAAUUUAAUUCUAUCAUGCAAGCGAUCACGCUGGCCUUGCCAAAAUUCAACUGCUUUUGGUCUAAUAAUAUAUCCGCCCCUUAAACAACAAUAAAUGCUUAUCAUAAAUAGGAACUUUUCCAAAAUGAAACCUGAGAAAGUCAGUGUAAUAAUAUUUAUGAAAUUGUGAUGUAACUAUGAGAAAAAUUCAUUUAGUCCUAAAUAGUGAUGCUCUCAAACAUCUAUUAAUAAACCAGAAUAUCUCACAAAUUCAUCUCUUUUUUUUAAGGUCUUACCAGUGCUUAGGUCUCGGUAUUUCUUUGCCAGGAAUCAUGUACUCUGCUUCCAAUACUGAUUCACGAUCACAUAAUACAUCUCUGGAUUCAAUUGGCAUACUUUGGUGACUAACACAAGCAGCUAUCUGACUUGGAACUGGACGGGAAUGGAAGUAUGUAGUACACUCUUCAUCGGUUAGUUUUUCAACACAACCCUCAAUUCUUACUGAUCGGUUCAACACUUCCCAGUAAAAUGUUGCUGCAACAUUUGGAUUCUCGCACUGCAAAAAGUAGGAACUUAAAAAGUAAUUAAAGUGUAACUGGUUAAAAUUAAUUAAAGUGUAACUGUCAAAACCAUGCAACAAUAUUCUGUUUAACCAUAUUUUGCAAUAGUUAAUUUACUUUAAAUCAUAAGGAGGUUAUUUAAUGAUUACAUAAAAAAUAAGAUUUUUUAUAAUAUAAUCUAAGCAGCAAACCACAACUGUGAUUGAUUUACUGUCAUUAACCUAAUCCAAACCGGAAAUCUGACACAAUAUCCUUAGAAUAGGUUUAUUACAUUACAUACUCCCAUAUUAU